AGCAGAACCGUCGCCGACCUAAGGCGCGCCUGCGCACGUUACCACGCACGCUCCGGCGUACGGCGGCGGCUAGGGGUCGUGAGCCGGUAGACGACCCGCGCGCGGAGGAGCCCGGGGACGCAGCACUUCUCCCCUCCCUUCCCACUCCCCUCCCCGCUCCCUUCCCCUCCCCAAGAAUGUUCCGCUACGAGUCUUUAGAGGAUUGUCCUCUAGAUGAAGAUGAAGAUACGUUUCAGGGCCUUGGAGAAGAAGAUGAGGAGAUCGAUCAGUUCAACGAUGAUACAUUUGGAUCAGGAGCAAUUGACGAUGACUGGCAGGAAGCUCACGAGCGCCUGGCUGAGCUGGAAGAGAAGCCGCCCGACGCCCUUAGGGAGCAGACAGGCAAUGGAGAAAGGGACGAGAUGGACUUGCUGGGGGACCAUGAGGAGAACCUGGCCGAGAGGCUCAGCAAGAUGGUGAUUGAGAACGAGUUAGAGGAUCCAGCUAUCAUGAGGGCAGUGCACACCAGGCCAGUUUUACAGCCGCAGCCAGGAAGUCUGAAUUCCAGCAUCUGGGAUGGAUCCGAAGUCCUGAGGCGAAUCCGCGGACCGCUGCUGGCUCAGGACAUGCCCGCGGUGUCUGUGUUAGAGUAUGCCUUGCCUCCGAGGCCCCCACAGGGUCCGGAAGAUGAGCGAGACCCCUCUGAGCGUGCACUGCCGCGGCGGUCGACAUCACCCGUCAUCGGGAGUCCCCCUGUGCGAGCAGUCCCCAUUGGCACCCCGCCCAAGCAGGUGGCUGUGCCCAACUUUAACCAGCAGAUCCUGUGUCCGAAGCCUGUCCACGUGCGGCCCCCAAUGCCACCACGUUAUCCUGCUCCCUAUGGCGAGAGGAUGUCUCCCAACCAGCUCUGCGGUGUCGCGAAUUCUUCCCUCCUGGGUCCCCCUUUUCCUGCUAGUGCUCCUGCUGUUCUCAGCCCCCUCCAGAGAGCACAGCUUCUUGGAGGAGCUCAGCUACAGCCUGGACGGAUGUCACCCAGCCAGUUUGCACGGGUCCCUGGCUUUGUCGGGAGCCCACUCGCUGCCAUGAACCCCAAGCUGCUACAAGGGCGAGUUGGGCAGAUGCUACCCCCAGCUGCAGGCUUCCGUGCCUUCUUUGGCGCCCCACCCCCCACCACGCCACCUCCGCACCCGCAGCAGCACCCACCUGGACCAGGACCUCAUCUGCAAACCCUACGAGCUUGCGCACCUUCAGCACGGUGGAAUCGAGAGUCCGGCUUCCUUUCCCCUAGAUCUCAGGCCCCAGUGUUCCGUGCAGACACGACCCACCUGCACCCCCAGCACCGGCGGCUCCUGCACCAGAGACAGCAGCAGAACCGAAAUCAGCAUCGGAACCUCAACGGUGCAGGGGACAGAGGAGGGCACCGGAGCAGUCACCAGGAUCAGCUGCGGAAGGACCCUUAUGCCAACCUCAUGCUGCAGCGGGAAAAAGAUUGGGUUUCCAAGAUCCAGAUGAUGCAGCUGCAGAGCACGGACCCCUACCUGGAUGACUUUUAUUACCAGAAUUACUUUGAGAAACUGGAGAAACUGGCAGCUGCUGAGGAACUGCAUGGUGAUGGCCCCAAGAAGGAGCGCACCAAGCUCAUCACCCCACAGGUGGCCAAGCUGGAGCACGCCUACAAGCCAGUGCAGUUCGAGGGCUCUCUGGGAAAGCUCACUGUCUCCAGCGUGAACAAUCCUCGGAAAAUGAUCGACGCGGUAGUGACAUCCCGGACUGAGGAUGAUGAGACAAAAGAAAAACAAGUUCGAGACAAGAGGAGAAAAACACUUGUCAUAAUUGAGAAAACUUAUAGUUUACUCCUGGACGUGGAGGAUUACGAAAGGCGGUAUCUCCUGAGUCUUGAAGAGGAGCGACCUGCCCUGGUGGAUGAAAGAAAGCACAAGAUCUGUGGCAUGUACGACAACCUACGGGGCACACUGCCCGGCCGAGAUAGGCCGAGUGAUGACCACUUCGUUCAGAUCAUGUGCAUCCGAAAAGGGAAGAGAAUGGUUGCCCGCAUUCUCCCUUUCCUCUCCACAGAGCAGGCGGCCGACAUUCUCAUGACAACCGCGAGGAACCUGCCUUUCCUCAUCAAGAAGGAUGCACAGGAUGAGGUCUUGCCGUGCUUACUGAGUCCCUUCUCUGUCCUCCUCUACCACCUGCCCUCUGUGACUGUCACGAGCCUUCUGCAGCAGCUGAUGAACCUACCUCAGAGUGCAGCCGCGCCAGCGCCCUGCAACCCUCACCUCACCGCUGUGCUCCAGAACAAGUUCGGCCUUUCACUGCUGCUCACACUGCUGAGCCGUGGGGAAGACCUGCAACGCACAGAGCCGGCAGCAGAGCCUGCACAGAAUGACCAGUGGACGGAGGUGAUGUUCAUGGCCACCAGAGAGCUUCUGCGGAUCCCCCAGACAGCCCUGGCUAAGCCCGUCUCCAUCCCCACAAACCUUGUGUCCCUCUUUGCUCGCUACGUUGACCAGCAGAAGCUGAACUUGCUGGAGACGAAACUGCAGUAGGCUGGUCCAGGGGAUCCGAUGAGGGCUCCACAGGGUCCUUACUCCUGAUACUGCGCCUGCGCUGCUCAUCGCUGGGAGCAUUGCUGAGAGGAGGCAGCAGCCAUGCCCAGGGCAGGCCGGUGCAGGGCGGCGGGGUCUCCUGCUGGUCUCACUGGUGCCAGUGCCAGUGCCGUCCGCCUUCCGUUCUGCAUGUCCUCCUCUCACUCAGCUCUUCACAGCUGUUUCCUUCACCCUAGAGCUACCAAGGUAAUACCUCACUUGGCCACCACACUACACUGCCCACAGCAGGUCUACCCUCAUCCUGCUGCGGACUGUAGUCCUUGUCCCUCAUUAGGGUGACGUUUAGGAGAACCAAUUGAGUAGAACUCGGGAUAGAUUCCCAUGCACCCGCAUUGCCAGAGGCCCUGCCAAGUGAGUCUUAGGUGGACAGCUGCGUCCAGACACUUACCUCCUCCAACACAACCAGCAGCUGGCCUCAGCCUCGUACAGGGUCCGCAGCACUUUGAAUGAAAUCCAGGUCCCCCCUGGUGGUGUGGUGCCAGGAGGCUUAGGGUCCUCCCCUCCCAUCUGCGUCUCUGCCUCCAACUCCCAAGCCAGUGAAGGUCGUACUCAGUGAAGCCUCCUGUGCUCCAGUGACAGCAGCCUCCCUGGUCCCCCAGGUGGGCCUUGACACACAGGGUGCUGUCCCCCAAACCAAGCCUGAUGUGCCCGGUCCAGGAGGUGGGGACAGUGGCCGUGCCUGUCACUUGUCCUCCCCGGGGCAGCAUCGGGGAUGGGAACUGAGAAUCCUGCUGGCUGUCCUGACCUGCAUCCUGCUGCCCUCGCCUUCCGGAUGUGGUCCGGUUGGCCGCCCGGCUCCAGGAGGGGCCGUUUUGCACGUCCCAGGUCCUGGUGCCAUCCUACAGUGAGCCCCAACCUGGCCGCCUUCCUUGGCCUCAGCCUGCCUGCGGCCCAGCUCCACCAGCGUCCAAGCGGUCACCCGGGCCCUGCCAUCAGCUACUGACUCUCUCUCCACAUCCCCCUUCCAUCCCCUCCCCUUACAGCGAUCAAGUGAAUACUUGGUUGUUACUUUUUCCUUACUGUGCUUUAUCUUGUUUGGUUCUAAUUAAUAAAAAUAAAGGUUUCUAAAUUUACAUUUUUAUAGGGUAUUGUAAAUAAAAACAAAUUGUAUAAUUGAA